ACACGGGGUUAGAAGGUGAAAAGGAGUAAGUGGCUUUUUAUGUUCAAGUUGGCGAAAAGCAGAAUAAAAGUAGUCUGAUGAACAGACAGAAUCGAUAACACGAGCUACGAACUAAUCGAGGACGCCGAGUUCGCACAGUUAAAAAGGAGCGGCUCAAGCGGAGCGCGCCAAGCUUGAAUAACGGCUGGUUGGCGGAAGGCGGAGCGGCGCUUCGACGCCACCGAAGCCGAGAGGGUGGCGGGGGUGCCUGGCGGUCCGGGCUGAAAGAGUUGAAAUCUGUGGGGUGGCCCUGUGGGACUUCCCUGAGGCGCUCCCCACUUCCGACAACCGGGUGAGGAGAGCCAAGCGCGGCGGACAGGCGGAGCUCAGGCCCACAGAGGGACCUCUUGGACUAUGCGGGGGGCCUGCCCUCCCUCGUAACGGCGCGGCGGGUUUUGCCGGGGCGCGUCUCCCUCCCGCGCUCCGGUUUGAGGCCAUGUCGUCGUCCGCCACGACCCCUCCCGUUGUGGACCCCAACAGGCUUUCCGACCGCUUCACCAUUUUAGACUAUGUCGUUUUCGGGGCCAUGCUGGUUUUCUCCGCCGCCAUCGGCAUUUUCUACGCCUUCCGCGGAGUCCACAAGAGUCACGACGACUACGUGAUGGCGGGCCGCAGCCUCACGUGCGGGCCGGUGGCGCUCUCGCUCACGGCCAGCUUCAUGUCAGCGGUGACAGUGCUGGGCACCCCGGCCGAGAUCUAUCGCUUUGGGAUCUCUUUCGGCCUCUUUUCCAUCGCCUAUGCCAUCAUGGUGUUGAUCAGCGCAGAAGUAUUCCUGCCCGUUUACUACAGGCUGGGGAUCACCAGCGCAUACGAGUACUUGGAACUUCGAUAUAAUAAAUAUAUGCGUCUGGUUGGAACAGUGAUGUUCAUGACACUGACGGUAUUAUAUACUGGAAUUGUUAUAUAUUCUCCAUCCUUGGCUUUGAAUCAAGUUACAGGAUUUCAGUUGUGGGGUUCUGUUGUUGCAACAGGAGUAGUCUGUACUUUCUAUUGCACACUGGGUGGCCUAAAAGCAGUUGUCUGGACAGAUGUUUUCCAGUUUAUAUUGAUGAUAUCUGGGUUUCUAGUAGUGAUUGUACGGACUGCAAUAAUUAAAGGAGGACUCAGUACCGUUAUAGAUGAGGCCCGCCAUGGAGGAAGACUGAGAAUAUGGGACUUUAACCCAAAUCCUCUGCAAAGGCAUACUUUCUGGACACUUGUUGUUGGUGGCACGUUUACUUGGCUUGGCAUAUAUGGAAUAAAUCAAUCUCAAGUUCAACGAUACCUUGCUUGCAGAUCACUUCUUCAUGGAAAACUUGCUCUAUAUUUAAAUCUUGUGGGACUCUGGAUAACACUAUCUUCUGCAGUUAUGAGUGGACUUUCAAUAUAUUCUAUAUACAAGGAUUGUGACCCAUGGACAGCAAAAUAUGUAUCAGCACCAGAUCAGCUCAUGCCAUAUUUAGUGCUAGACAUUUUGGGAGAUUUUCCAGGUAUUCCAGGACUUUUUGUGGCUGGGACCUACAGUGGCACGUUAAGUACAGUGUCUUCCAGCAUCAAUGCAUUAGCUGCCGUAACUGUAGAAGAUCUUGUUAAACCUCAUAUCAAAUUGUCGGAGGCAAGUUUGUCCUGGGUUUCCAUGGGAAUGAAUAUAUUGUUUGGUGUAAUAUGCCUUUUCAUGGCUGCAAUGGCAUCUGCUGUGGGUGCUCUGUUACAGGCUGCACUCAGUAUUUUUGGGAUACUUGGUGGACCUCUUUUGGGAGUAUUUUCUGUGGGUGUCCUGUUGCCUUUUGGAAACGCGAAAGGUGCAUUUUCAGGCCUUAUUUGUGGAUUUCUUCUCGUACUGUGGGUUGGAAUUGGAUCUCACAAGUACCCUCCCCCUCCCCACAGAACUUUGCCAUUACCUCUUUCAACUCAGGGUUGUAGAAGACCCAACCUCACAGUGGUUGAACAUAUAACAACCACUCUGCCUCCUCCAACUUCUCCAAGACCAGCUCUUCAAGACUAUUGGUAUUCACUGUCAUAUCUUUACUUCAGUACGUUAGGAACUUUUGUCACAUUCUUUGUGGGGGCGGUUAUUAGUUUAGCAACAGGAGGACUAAAUCAAGAGGUGGACCGCAAGCUUUUGUUUGGCAAAGAGGAAUUUUUCGCCAAUUUUGUGUACUGGAAAUCGAACUGUGCAGCACUGCUUGAAAAGAUUCGUCCCAUGCCACAAGUGGUUCCUGAAGAAGGCUGAUAGUGUAGCAUUUUGAAUUUAUUGCUAUAGAAGGAACUCUUCUUCAGAGGAUGACACAGAGCAGCAUAUUCCUGCAUAAAAUUAAAUGCAAUGCUAUACAGACUGUAACAAUGUUUAAGUUUUUUAAAAAAUUAAAAAUGGGAAAUCUUUGAGAUUUUUACUAAAUGAAUUUUGCAACAAUAGCCAGUUUAGUAACCAUGAUAGCCAGCAAACUUGAGAUAGUGAUCUUGUUUCAGUUUUAUAUAAACUAAAAUGUAAUCCAAUA